AAUGAAGGCACUGCAGCUAGCCACUUUCUGUAAAGUGGACCUUGUCCCGACUUUCAAGAAAUUUGCAAAGAAACAUAAGAUUAUUCAGGUAUAUCAGGAGAUCAAGAAGGAGCUGGAGAAAUUUAACUACAACCGGAGUAUCAUGUUCGCAAAUAUCAAGAUAAAAUAGAGACUUAAUGUACCUUAAGGGGCUACAGGAGCUAUACACUUCUUAUAUCCAAUGGAUUAACACCUUGAAUUCAUUAGGACAUCUUGACUUCAACUCUAGCAGAGAGUUGUCCAUCUUCUUCGAGUGGAAUUAUCCAUACUGUGAGAGUAAGCCUAUAGGGAAUCAUGACUCAAUGAUCGAACUCUGAGGAUGUUGUUACAAUCUUGCUUGAAUAUCAUUCAAUACUGGCUUACUCUACAUCGAAGCAGAUGUUCUGAAAGGGUUCGUAUUGGCAAAAAUGGAAUUUGCCAAGGCAAAUUCCUUAUUCCUGUAUAUAUUUGACCAUUAUUACAACAAGGUGAUUGUGAGCAAACCUAUCCCGAUCUCUGUCACCACUAUGAACUUUCUGCUCAGUCUAACCAGAGUGAUCACUAAGGCAUGAAGGAUCAUUGAGAUUGCAGAGAAGCCGUUCAAUAUCAUUGAAGACGAUAGAUUAGCCCAGAAAAUUAUCGACCUACACAACUCAGUUGAGGAAUUACUAAAGAGUGCCAAAAGGGAUAAAUAAAUUUGGUUCGAAAUACAUUGCCAUGAUUUAUCCUAAGAACAAAUAAGCACAAGUCCAAGGUAGAAAACAGUUGCUUGCUUGUACGAUACCUCUUCUUCAAGAGUAAGCUCUGGGAUAAAGUCUUGAAGCUAAUCAAUGGGAUUCAACCUCAGAUAGCUAAUAUCCAGAAGAAUACUUAUUACCAAUAUGACGAACAAAGCACUGAAAUCGGGAUUAAAGAUUAUGCUAUCGAGCUCAUGACUAACUUUACUGAGGAAUUCAAGAUAAAAAGAUUCGUAACUUUUGAAGCAUCAGAAUUCAGAAAUAAUCUGUUUAAGGCAACCAAUUCUCGAGUAAAAAAAAUCGACAAUUUACUGCACAAAUAUGGGAAGAUCAGGAAGCUGUUCAAGCAGACUAAUGAUAACUACGCUCAUGGUUUCCGAAACACAAGGGAGAAGAAGGCUCAGAUCAAGAUCAUCCUCACCUCAGUGUUUCUGAAGUAUUCCUCAAUAGAGUCCUACAGCCUAAAAUUCACUGAAAAUAUCAAAUCAUUGAUCAAGUUAAAGCAGGAUUUUAGCACCAAAUACUCAGAGAUCCAAGCCAAUAUGGCUCUCUGCAAAAUGGAAGAUAACGGGUUUGAAUUCGACCCAUUCUACGAAUAUGAGAAUGAAGAUAAGCUGAUGCCUAUCUCCAUCGUCAUUAACAAUCUUCUGCAUAAACAGAAAUAGGGUCAUAAAGGAGUUACCAAAUCUCGACUCAACUUUGAGCCUCGAUAACCUGAAAAGUUUACUUAACAAACUUAAAAUGGUCAGGCCAGAAGACCGCAACCCUAAUAUAAAAGUUAAACUUAAUAAAGCAGAGAAGUAGUGCCUUUGAUACCUGUUAUGAAGAAAUCAGUGACCUUGGCACAUUCAAGAAUGACAUCCUCCAGACCAGAGAUAAGUUAGUUGAGUUCAAAAAUAAAGAGAACAUUAAAGAAUAUGAAAAGGAGUUCCUUGAGUACUGGAGGUCUAAAUAAGGAUGUCAGUUACCAGAGAUUUAUCCUGAAGUUCCUCCCAGCAGAGCUUGAGAAAGAGUUUCAGAGGGAUCUCUCUACUUUUCAAGAGAAUUACACUAAACUUAAGAAGAUCAUACAAGGAACUAAUUAUGAUAUCCUAACCGAACUUGAGGAAGCAAGUGAACUUCUUUCCUUGAUGGUAGAAGUUAUUGAAACAAACGGUGCUCUCACUGAUAUUCUUGAAGAACUCGAUGCAGAACCGACUAUAAGAACUUCUCUAAAGAACCUCAGUAGGAAGCUACCAUCAAGUUUAUUUACGAGUGAAAUAGGAUCCCAGUCAUCAUUCCAUGAGAAAGGUUCAUUAUUUAAAUCUUUUUCAAGCGUUAACAGACCAGAGCUAGAUAGGAACAUAAGCAACCAGAGAUUCAUCUACAUUGUUGAUAAGAUUCACAGAGACUACCUCUUAAUGAAAGUAAACAAGCUGUGGAAGCCCAAGGAGCAAGUCCUCGAUGAGCAGUGCUGAAUCGAAGAAGAUAACUCUGAAGAGCGCAAGUCUGUCAACAUCUCCGGCUUUAGCCUGCUCAACAAAUAA